AUGGUGCGAAUAAACGUUCUCGCCGAUUGCCUGAAGGCUAUUGUGAAUGCUGAGAAACGCGGCCGCCGCCAGAUUCUUAUCCGCCCUUCCUCAAAGGUCAUUAUCAAGUUUCUAACUUGCAUGCAAAAGAAUGGUUACAUCGGCACAUUUGAGAUUAUUGAUGAUCAUAGGUCUGGCAAAAUAGUUAUUGAAUUACUAGGAAGAAUAAACAAAUGCGGGGUAAUAUCUCCGAGAUAUGACGUGAAAUUGGAUGAUAUCGAACAAUGGUGUUCGAAUAUUUUACCAUCUAGACAAUUUGGCCACCUAGUACUUACUACCACUUAUGGAAUCAUAGAUCAUGAAGAAGCAAGGAGGAAGCAUACUGGUGGGAAAAUAUUAGGGUUUUUUUUCUAA